CAUGAGCGUGAGUAAAUUAUCAGAGUUGUUUUAUGAAAGUGGACUAAUCCUUUACAUUUUCAAUGAGAGCCCAAAUAUUGCCUUGUUUUAACCUAGACAUCUGUGUUUGGAUGUCUUUUUGACGUGUUUUAAAUGCAAAAUUGCUUGCUGGGUCAGCACUAAAUUCACACAGCACAAAUCUCUACAGUGCACUUGUUCUUGUAGCAGACAGUGAAAUAAUAGACAGGUGGCAGUAAUCUCACAUCUGUGUCGUCUGUGGCAGUAGAGGUCAGUCACCUGUCUGUAUGUAAAUCUGUGAGUCAGUAAUCUGUGUGCUGGAUUACAUGGACCAGCAGACCGUUAUUCGACCGGCCAGCUCACGUGUGGCUGAACAGAUGGAGCAGCAACAAACUCAAGACUCUCCCUGGAAAUUUGAGGAGCCCUGAAGACCCCUGAAGACGCAGUCAGACUCUACUGGACGUAUCUGACACAUAUUUGGAAAACUGGCAGAAAACGGAUGUUUUGAAAUAUGAAUGCUCUAAAACCUAACACGGAUGGAAGAGAUCGAGUUUUUUGGCAGGUGGUCCAGCAGACGAUGCCCUCUCCUCAUAAAGAUCUUGUUCCUCAACUGGCCUGGCAAGGAGGGACUAAAAAAACAGAAGAGAAAAAGAGAAACGCUCGUACACCGGACAGAAAACCUGCAGUCAUGAGUCCAGAGGUCAACGUGAAGCAGACGCCCUUUGAAAAGGCUGCGUAUGACCUCACACACAACCAAAAGGUUGUUGAUGACAUCACCUUCGGCAGACGGAUCGGUUUCUACGAACUUCGUGGGGAAAUUGGCAGCGGAAACUUCUCCCAGGUCAAACUCGCCAUUCAUGACCUGACCAAAGACAAAGUUGCAGUCAAAAUCCUGGACAAGGUGCGUUUAGACAAGCGUUCACAGAAGUUGUUCCUCUCUGAGAUCUAUUGCAUGGAAAGACUGUCUCACCCAAACAUUGUGCAGCUGUAUGAGGUGGUGGAGACGUUUCGACGUCUUUAUUUAGUGAUGGAGUACGCACCUGGAGGAGAGUUGUUCUCUAGAGUUGCCAGUAGGGGUCGACUGUCUGAUGUUGAGAGUAAACUGGUCUUCUCACAGAUCCUGUCUGCUGUUAAACACAUGCACGACAACAACAUCGUCCACCGGGACCUAAAAGCUGAAAAUAUCUUCUACACCACUACCUACUGCAUCAAAGUGGGCGACUUUGGUUUCAGUACCGAAUGCACACACGGUGAUAAUCUCACCACAUUCUGUGGUUCUCCACCGUAUGCCGCCCCUGAACUCUUUAGAGAUAGGAGUUACAUUGGGCCGCUGGUUGACAUCUGGGCUUUGGGUGUCCUGCUGUACUUCAUGACGACAGCCACGUUCCCCUUUAACGGCUCUAGUCUUAAAAGGCUGAGGUUUUGUAUUCUCAGGGGUUCUUACACCAUUCCAGCUUACAUCCCCGAUCCCUGCCAGCACAUUAUUAAGGGGGCACUGAGGCUUGUGCCCGUUGACCGCAUAUCCCUGGCACAGAUCAUGUCAAGCCCGUGGCUGAGUGGUAUAAAGUAUCCGCAGCCGUACCCACCUGCCCCGCAAACUCCUGCACACCUGGCCGAUUCCUCUCGGACGCUCACUGCAGAUGAUCAGUCGGUAAAGAUGGCAAUGAAGAUGCUGGGCAUUACUGAGACUCACCUGAGGAACAAUGCGGUGUUGGACUGUCGCAGUCCCCUGACCGGGGUUUACCGCAUUCUUCUGCAUCGCAUUCAGAGGAAGAGAUCCAUAGAGGCAGCAGGAUACACGGCGCUCUGUCCCACAAACACCCGACCCAGCAAGCGGUGCUGGUCAUAUCCUAUCAACAUCCAUAAGAAACACGAUGAGUCUGCAGUGUGUGUCAUUCUUUAAAGAUGAAAAAUAAGACAAAUAUUAAAAUUGGGGAUAGCUUGAUACCUUCAAAUGUUUUGCAGUACAUGU